CAUAUUUUCAUAACCCAUGGUGCAUUCGUGCGGGUAAUCUUUUUAGUAUUCAAGAAGACGUUGGUCGAAAAUGUUGCUAAACUGAAAAAUACUUCAAAAAAUACAUGGUUUAGAGGUGAACAUCAAGAAGUAAAAUGAACCGUUUCUUAUUGGGUAUUUUCGUUGUGAUUAAUUUGUGUUUAAUACGACCACAUAGCUGUUCGUCUCGACAAAUAUCCACAUGGCAAGGAUCGUUAUGGAAUUCAUUUCCAACAUCUUCGGCUUCUUGGAGUUUAGAAACGAGAAUUCCAAUGUCGUCGUCAGAUUAUACAGCGCUCGAUGAAAAUGUUGAGGAAGCGAGGGGAAAAUUUAGGCUAAAAAGAAAAUUAAAGAAAUUACUUCUUCCUCUUUUACUAGCUUAUAAAUUAAAAUUUUUUACGUUAAUACCAGUUUUGAUAGGAGGAUUGCUUUUACUGACAGGAGCAACUGGGUUAGCAGGAUUUUUCUUUGCCUUAUUUGCUGCAGUAAUGGGAUUAAAAACUGGUCAUUAUUAAGGAUUG